CUCAUUUCUUUCUUUCUCUGGCAGCACAGAGGGGUGGAGUCCAGUCCCACAGCCAGGUGCGGCACUUUAAUGCUUCAGUUGGAUGGUUUUCCUACUGGAGACGGUGUUCAGGCUGAUCGAUCGGCUGGCAGACUGACUGGAUCCAUGAUGGAAUUACAGACGUUACAGGAGGCUCUGAAGGUGGAGAUCCAGAUCCAUCAGAAACUGGUUGCCCAGAUGAAGCAGGACCCUCAGAACGCAGAUCUGAAGAAACAACUCCACGAACUUCAAGCCAAGAUCACAGCACUCAGUGAGAAGCAGAAAAAGGUGGUGGAGCAGUUGAGGAAGGAGCUGUUGGUGAAGCAGGAGCCGGAGGCCAAACUGCAGCUGCAGGUCCAAACUCCUCCUGUAGGCGGCGACAUCAAGUCAGCCAACCUGCUGCAGAGCCAGCAGAUACCUGGAGGCCUGCAGCAGACGCUGACGGUCACGCCGGUCCUCACCACGAAGACUCUACCUCUGGUGCUGAAAGCUGCCGCCACGCCCGCCCUGCCCGGCUCAGUCCUGCCACAACGCCCGCCCACUGUUGCUAUGGUAACCACAGCUAUCACCAAACCCGACUCGCAGAACGCCCCCAUUAACCUGCAGGUGGCCAGCAAGCUGACCGGUCAGGGCUCGGAGCCCGUGCGGCUGGUAUCCAAGAACGCCAUGGUGGUGCAGGCCACCACCACCACCACCACCGCCCAGCCAAUCAAAGUUCCUCAGUUUGUCCCUCCUCCUAGACUGACGCCUCGACCCACCUUUCAGCCACAGGUCAGGCCCAAACCGGCCACACCCACCAACAUCCCCAUCGCCCCGGCCCCUCCCCCGCCCAUGAUGGCGGCCCCCCAGCUGCUGCAGAGACCCGUCAUGUUAGCCACCAAGCUGUCGUCCCCGCUGCCGUCGGCAGCACCCAUCCACCAGGUCCGCAUCGUUAACGGACAGCCCUGCGGUAAGACCGGCUCCACUCCACUGACGGGCAUCGUCAUCACCACGCCGGUCUCUGCCACCGCCGCCCGCCUCGCCAGCCCCGCCCAGGCCCCUAACCCCGCCCCCGUCCCCGUCCCUACCCCGACUCCUGCCCAGCCGAUCCAGAUCAGCAGCCUGACCGCGGACCCCAAGACUGUUAAAUCAGGAGGUGGAGCAGAGCAGAAGAUUGUUGUGAGCCUCCCCUCUUCCUCCACUCCUCCGCUGUCUCCUGCUCCUCGACCCAAGAAGGAGGAGAACCCAGAGAAACUGGCCUUCAUGGUGUCUCUGGGGCUCGUAACACACGACCACCUGGAAGAGAUUCAGAGCAAACGGCAGGAGAGGAAGAGGAGAACGACGGCUAACCCGGUGUACAGCGGCGCCGUGUUUGAACCCGAGAGGAAAAAGAGUGCAGUGAGUUACCUGAACAGCCCUCUGCACCAGGGGACCAGGAAGAGAGGUCGCCCACCCAAAUACAGCAGCGUCCCGGAGCUGGGCAGCCUCACCCCGACCUCCCCCUCCAGCCCCGUCCGCCCCCUCCCCCUGCCCAGCCCCAGCUCUGGGGAUGGAGACAUCCAUGAGGAUUUCUGCACUGUGUGCAGACGCAGUGGCCAGUUGCUCAUGUGCGACACGUGUUCUCGUGUUUAUCACCUGGACUGCCUGGAUCCACCCCUGAAAACCAUUCCUAAAGGCAUGUGGAUCUGUCCAAAAUGUCAAGAUCAGAUCCUGAAGAAAGAAGAAGCCAUUCCCUGGCCCGGCACGCUGGCUAUUGUUCAUUCCUACAUCGCUUACAAAGAAGCUAAAGAAGAGGAGAAACAGAAGCUGAUGAAGUGGAGUUCUGAACUGAAACUGGAGCGAGAGCAACUGGAACAGAGAGUCAAACAGCUCAGUAACUCCAUCACAAAAUGCAUGGAGACCAAAAACAGCAUCCUGGCUCGUCAGAAAGAGAUGCAACUUUCUCUGGACAAAGUCAAACACUUGAUUCGCCUCAUCCAAGCCUUCAACUUCAACCAAGCUCUGGCAGAGACAGAAGGUAAAGACGUCAGCGUCAGAGUCCAGGACAGUGCUGAAGGUGCGGUCCGCUCUGAAGCUGCACCAGAAACCAACUCUGUAGAGAAAGUGAAGGCUGGGAGCUCCUCAGCCAGCAGCAACACCGAUGGAACCAACAAACCAGAGGAGCAUUCAGCCGCAGGGAGCAACCAGACAAACCAGGCAGCAGCAGGAGACGCCGCCGGACAGGCCGUCCUAGAAGACAGCGGUGUCCUAACAGCAGAUAGCAGCCCUGGGGGAGGGGCAGGGGGGGCAGGAGGGGCCGGGGGUAAGGCCGGGCCAGGGCCUGAGACUGAGGCAGCUCCGGUGGUGGACAUUCCCACUCCCGCAGUGGUUGCAACUGUAGCCACCACCAACGGUACGGCCGAGCCAACCUGCCCUGACCGCAGCCUCGCAGGGGGCUGCGCCACCAACGCCAACACCAACUCUGAGAACAAGAUGGCUGCCGUCAACCCUCCAGAGACAGGGGUGGAGAAGAAACAGGAGGAGAUCACUGACAGUGACGGCAGCAACACCAACAACAGCAAAACCUCAGAACCCUCCCAGCAUUCUUUGCCAGCUCUCGUCAGCAGUUUGGACAAUAAAAAGUAAUGCUAUGUCUCUUGAGUUGCGGGAAUUCAAACAUAUAUAUAAAAAAAAGACUUUUGCUUGCACCGUAUGGUGCCCUGAAGUUGCCAAUCUGUAUAAAUGUUGUUUGUUUGCAUUGUAUUGUCAGACUGUGUCAAUGGUAGAUAUACAGCCCAAGUCACAUGACUCUGGGAAGACGUAGGCUGUUCGGCCCACAGAGCUGGGGAACAGGAAGGCUUACGCACCAGUGUCAUCAUGCCAAUUAGUGAUAGACGUCAGUGGUGGGAAUGCUCAAAGGGAGAUUUAAUUCAUCAUCACACCAGUGUGUGCCUGUUCUAGUGGCCCCGUGUUCUCUUGUGGGGGGGUGGGGGGGUGUUCACAUGGGUACGGAGAUAACCGAGAACAUGGAACCAGACAUCUGUCAGGGGUUACUGGUCUAAAAAGCAGUGUUGUGAUAGAGUGUGCGUGCUGAAAAGAGAACCUGUUCAUCCCCUCGUCCCAACGAACUUAAUGUGAACAACCUUUAACUUCUGCAACCCCACGACCCCGAUCUCCUCCAAACCUUUCCUAACGCUCCCCCAUCAACUAACAACCCCUACACUCCCAAUCUUAAACCAGCCUCCCUAACUUCCCUGUCAACCAACAACUUAACUGUCUACAGUCAACAAAAAACAACCUUUCCUGUUGACCCAGAACAUCAACCUCCUCCUAAUGACUAAACCCAAACUUACCUUCCCCGGUCCUCCAACAUUUCAAUGUGACCUCCUUCUUAAAUCCAAAAGAGUUCAGCAUGCUUCAAACAAACCGUCUCUCCUCGAAGACGCACCAAACGCCAGAGAAAGAAACUGAAACCAUAGCUAGUUUCUCACCUGCACACACCUGGCAAAUCACUGCACAAAGUGAUUGUUGGAUUGAUAUUUUGUUAGACACAGUUCCUCCAGUUCCAUCUUUGGAAAGGUGUGAUGGGAGAGUUUGUUACGCCCGUGUUCAACAAUCGGACAACCACUUUGCAUUUUAACCACCGUCCCUAACUUCCCCAUUAACAACUUUUACAGUCCUGUCAACCAGCAACAGCAGUAACCUUCCCAUAGUAACCUGAGCUUACCUUUGUCAUAUGAGGAGACGCUCACACCUUCACACUUCUGGCCAAUUGCUGUAUGAAUGUUGGAUAGUUGGUUAGUUUCAGAAAAAUGUUACACAAACUGUCGGACCUGCCCGCUUGCAGUUGUGACGUCAGAAAAGUUUCACAGUAUGUUCCAGACACUGUUUGACGAUGUUUGGAGAAUCUUAAUUCCUUUAAACUAACUUUCCCAUCGAUCAAUGAUCUAAAUUGUCUUCAUUCAACAACAAAACAUAACUUCUCCUGUCAACCAAUAGCAGUAGCCUUCCCCUGGUGACUACGUGCACCUGCGGUCCAACUUACCUUCGCUGUUGAACCCCAGCAGCCUAAAUGAACAACUCUAACCCAGUGAACUAUGAUUCCCCUCUGUCCCAGUUGAUCAAUAAUCGCAACAUUCCUCAAGCAACCAACAAUCCCAGUUUACCUCCCCUGGCCCUUCAAAUUAACUAGUUUGCACAAACAUGACACCUUCUCACACCUGGCCAAUCACUGUGUGAUUGUUGAUUUUGGAAAGAAAAUGUACAGCUGCAGCCCCCCUUCAGUUGUGACGUCAGAAAGGUUUCAGGAGAGGAUGUUUCAGACACUGUUUGGUGAUCCGAUGGGCGGUUUGUUUGAAGCAUUCUGACACCUUUAAACUAACUUCCCCAUCAACUGAUGACUAAAAACACACAGCCUCCCUAUGGACCAAUAAUAGGAACCUUCUCAUAAGGACUAAAACCUGAACUCCUGGAUGGGGAGGGGGGGGGGGGUUUCAGACACUGCAACGAUUCAACGAGUACUUUGUUUGAAGUGAUGUCUUUAACUUUCCCGUCAACCAAUGACUGAAAUCAUCCUCAUGCGACAACAAAAUACAAUGUCCCCUUUUGACCAAUAGCAGUACGCUUCCCUAAAACGCAAACUUACCAUCCCCAGUACAACCCAACUUACCCUCCCAGUCGAACCCUUUACAACAAAUUCACUGACGACCCCCUUUUCCCAGUCGCCCAACGACUGUAUUGCCCCCCACCACCCAACAGUCCCAGUUACCCUCCCCUCCCCCGUGUCUUCCCCACUUGUUUCCCUGAGCUCAGGCAGAAAAGACGCUGAGCGUCGUGUUCAGCAGGUACGAAGGACGAGGUGGAACAGGCGCGGUAGCCUAACAGAUGUUUUCAGUGGUGUCGGUCAAGUGUAGUGAUUGAGUUUUCAUUCGUGAGUCAAGUGUGUCAACUGUGAGCACUAAAUGUGAAAUUGCAAUAUUGCAAUGUCAACACACAAAAACUAUAUCUGGGCUGUGUUUCUUUUUUAUAGGAAAAGAUAUUCAGGUCUUCCUAGUCUUCAGAAUAAGUGCUUUCUGUUCCUGAACCUGCUGGACUGACAUUAUCAACACAAAAAGGAAUCCUCUUUUUGAAGUGGUGAUCUUUGCAUUAUGUACAUUUCUGUUGAAUCCUGAACUGCCAAAAUGAUGUUGUAUCCAAAUUCAGCAGGGACAAGUCCACUUACUGUAUUGAAAGAUCAAAUCAUUGGCGUUGUAAGAUAUAGAUGCUACCAUUUCAGAAAUUGGAAGUCCCCAGAUAGAGACAGGAGAGCUUAUUAAACAAUAACAUGGAAGGAACUUUUUCUGUCCUUGAAAUGGAAGGAUUUGUUGUGUAAACCUGCUCCUUCACAAGGAUCUCAAAGGAAGAUACCACAAAUCCUGAGAUUAAAGCACAAGCUUGCUGCAUUACAAAGAAGUGCUGAAGAGCUUUUUGUAUGUUAAUAUGGAAUUAAAACAGAGUAUGCAUCUCUUUGUUGUGAUGUGACUUAUCCCCACAUUGCCAAUAUUUUUCUAGGAGGAAAUAGAAACCUCUGUCUGACAUUAAGGCUCAAGUCUAGUUCAUAUUUUGGGGAGUUGUGUCCUUCAUCCCCUCACAGUGAGACUAGCGCAUCUCUUUUCUCUCUGGAGCAUGUCUGGGCUGAAAUGUGAUGCUGUUAUUCGUCGGCUUGGUGGCUGUCAGUUCAGGUCCGUCUGUGUCUGGUGAACUGAUCAUGACUCCUGGCUUCUUGUUGGGUACGGGGCAUUAACAAACUCUGGUCUGUUCAUUAACAGUGCCUCUGGUUGUGCUGGAAUUUUAUUUUUGUUUGUUUCUUUUUGCUAUAUUGGAGCAUUUUUGCUUAAAUUUUAGUCGUCCAAAAACAUAUUCACCCCUGAGUAGAUCCAAAGGUGUUCAAGGUUCAUCUCUUCAGACCUUUUAUUGUAGAUCUCAAAAUGCUUUUAUUAUCUUUUAUCUGUUUCAUUGAUGAGGAAAUUCUAGAUAUUCCUGGGCCAAGGUUAAACCCUCAACUAAGAAGAUAAUUGUUAUUUUUAUUGUUAUAGUUCUGCGUCUGUCUAUGAUGAUGUACAUACUUGCGGGGGUGAAUAAGUUGCUGUGCGACUAUAAAAUAAGCUGUUACAGGUGUCUUUUUUCAUAUCAUGUGGACUCUUGUAACUGAAUCAGCAUAUCUGACAUCUAACACCUGAUAUUCUGUCAUCAGCUGUACAAACUGCCUUCAUUCAGAAGAUCCCAGAAAAAGGAAGCAGAGGAAAAUCUCUGUAACGUUUCCACAUGUUUGGCCACAGUGUUGUCUGAUAAAUGUGAUUUGUGUCUAAUGAAGCCAUUUGAACAUGGAAGGAAAAGACUGACAGAGAUUUAAUGCUUAAAAGAAAAUGGCAACUAAUAUGUCCCAACUCCUUUUGAAUUCCUUUUUGUUGUGUGUUUUGUUCUUUGUCGGCUUACUCGGGUGGAUGUUGACUUCUUCUUCUUCUUCUGUUAGACUGUGUUCAUCAUGGAUAGAGCAGAGUAGUCAUCCGGUCUCUUCACUCGACAAGUUUCUUUGAAAGAGCCCGAACUUGUGUUCCAGACAAACUGGACCUUUCCCUCUGUACAGUAGGUACCUCGAGUGCCUUUCUUCAAACAGCAGAUAAUAUUUGUCUCUUGACUUGCACUGUGACUUGUAGAACCUUACAAACCCUCCAGAUAAUCCUCCCGCCGACCCGCCCUCCUCUGGUCUGUCCCGUCCCACCAAACUCCCUGACACUCCGGCGAACCUGAACGGAGCACCGACCCAGUCCUUCACCUCAGGCUGCCAGUAGUCAAUGCAAGCUGAAACUACAGUUCAUGUUAUGCCGUUUAAAUCGACCAGAUAGUGUUUUGUUGGUGUUUUAAUAGGAGUUGCCUUAAAUGUGUUUUAUUUUCCUUUUUACGUGAUUAACUUCAGUUUUUUUCUUAACAUUUGAAGAAGAAAAAAAAUCCCUGCAGACGCUGGCGAACGUCGGAGGAAGUCAUUGGUUGUUGUGGUCCAUAAAAUGCUCCAAAGAGAGAUUGUUGAUGGUGAGAUCUCGCUCGGUGAGACAGCCAGUUGUUUUGUGAUGCACUUUUGGUUUGACCAGUGUUAUUAUCAGAGUUUAAAAAAAUGGAUCCGUCGGCAACACGAAUCGCAGUCAUGAGUCUCGCUCCAGAUUCGAGUUUCUCGAGGUAUUUUACGGACAUUUGGUCCGCCGUCGGGGACGCCGCCGGUCGGACUCUGGAGCUCUUUUUUCUUUUCCUUUCAAAUCCUUCAUCAUUCCCUCUGUGCUGUGUGGUUCUUCUUCUGUUUGGGAGGAGGGAUGAGUUUGCUAAAUCAGGUCAUGUGAGCCGGAGCCUGUGUGCAUUUGGAAUGAACAAACUAACCUGCACCCUGACGGGCAGACUUAGACCCAAUUAGCAACAUCUGUCCACUCAGUCCAGUGGAAAGCAUGCCUUCUUAUGCAAAUUUUUAUACAAGAUUUGUCGAACCUUUUUAAUAUGCAUUUGCUUUAGUUUUUUAAGUUUUUAUGUGAAAUUCAAGUCACCUUUUUUCCUUUGAACGUUCUGGCAUCGGGAUGCCGAAAGUGUGCAGUUUAGGUGUUAGAACAGAGCGGUAUCCUCGUUACAACGCCAACAUUUCUUCCUGACAUGUUUUCAUGGACGGAGCUGGGAAGCUUUCGGCUCCGCAGUUUAGAUUUUUAAUUUGACCUCGGCUAAUGCACCAUGCUGAAUGUUGGUUUGGGGGGGAGCUCGAUCAAGUCUUAAUGUCUAAAUUUUGUCAUGUCCUCUUUAAGAGAAAAGGUUUCUAUAUAGUCAAAAGCUCUAAAAGUGAAUUUAUCCAAAGAACUUUGCAAACGUGCAUUUCUGUUUGGAAGCCUUUUAUGUAGUUGAUGCAUAUCAUCAUUCGGAUUAAUUUUUCAGCGUCAGCAUCGUGUGCAUUCACCAAGCGGGAAGAGGACCAUUAGUCGGCAGCUGAGAGCUGUUCAGUUUGUAUCCGAGGAAGUAAAAAGUCUUAUAUGCAUAAAAAAAAAACAAACGUUGAUCCCUGUGGCGGAUUUUUCUGGAAGCAUCUGUACAGUAGUUCACUCUCUUCAGUUUCAAAACGAUCAAGUCAUGAUUGUGGCCUUCUAGUAUUGUCGAAACAUGACAUCAGUCCGUUGUUAACGCUCACCAUCCAUCCUGUCCGGACCCAACUGCUCACCUGAAGCUUCUUACCUCAUCCACAGCUAAUUCCAUCGGGGGUGUGUUGAGUGCAAAAAAAAAAAAAACAUAAAUAAAUAAAUAAAAGAAGUCUUUUUUUAUCUUCCAUUUGGUGAGAUGCAUUGUAGCGAUAUGAAUAAAGAAAAAGUUCACCUGGUGUGCUGAAUAAUGUGUAAAUUGGUAAUUACACAAUCUGAAUAUUUGUAUAAUUGUUUGUAUUUUUUCAUAAUGAUUUUGGAAAGGAAUGUGUUUAUUUUUUUGACUUCUGUUCCAGAUGUGUCUUCUGUUGGCCUGACAUUGUGACUGGUCUGGUGGGAUUCUUACCUCUGUAUUGAGCCUCUUCUGUGAUGAAUUCUUUGUAUGCAGUGUUUAGGAAAUACUGUAGGGAACAUGGGGGAGGAGUUGAUAUUAGGAGCAUUUGAUCAAUUUGUAUUUAUUUAUUUUAUCAUUUUGUUAAUAAAUUGUGAAAAGCAA